CACCCGCCUCUACCAGCAGCCGGGCCGCCGGCAUGGAUGGAUGAAGACGCCCAUGCCAGAAGUGCGCGGGACUCGGACAAACUUUUCCAGCGGCCCCGCUGCCGCCGCCCGCGCCUCAUCUCCGCUCUGCACCGCGUCCGGCGGCCGCUGCUGCCCGCGAUGCUAGUCGCGCUGCUGGGCGGCGGCGGGGCCCGUACGGGGACUGUUCCGGGCGCCUUGCUGUGCCUGAUGGCGCUGCUGCAGCUGCUGGGCUCGGCGCCGCGGGGCUCAGGGCUGGCGCACGGCCGCCGCCUCAUCUGCUGGCAGGCGCUGCUGCAGUGCCAGGGCGAACCCGACUGCAGCUACGCCUACAGCCAGUACGCCGAGGCGUGCGCGCCGGUGCUGGCGCAGCGCGGCGGGGCUGAGGCUCCAGGGCCCGCCGGCGCCUUCCCCGCUUCGGCCGCGUCCUUCUCGCCGCGCUGGCGCUGCCCGAGCCACUGCAUCUCGGCGCUCAUCCAGCUCAACCACACGCGCCGCGGGCCCGCGCUGGAGGACUGCGACUGCGCGCAGGACGAACACUGCAAGUCCACCAAGCGCGCCAUCGAGCCCUGCCUGCCUCGCACCAGCGGCGUGGGCCCAGGCGCGGGAGCGGGCUCUGUCAUGGGCUGCACUGAGGCCCGGCGACGCUGCGACCGCGACAGCCGCUGCAACCUGGCGCUGGGCCGCUACCUGGCGUACUGCGGCAAGCUUUUCAACGGGCUGCGGUGCACCGACGAGUGCCGCGCGGUCAUCGAGGACAUGCUGGCCGUGCCCAAGGCGGCGCUGCUCAACGACUGCGUGUGCGAUGGGCUGGAGCGGCCCAUCUGCGAGUCGGUCAAGGAGAACAUGGCCCGCCUGUGCUUCGGCCCAGACGCGGGCAACGGUCCGGGCAGCAGUGGCUCGGACGGGGGCCCGGACGACUACUACGAUGAAGACUACGACGACGAGCAGCGCGCGGGGGCGGCGGGAGGCGAGCAGCCCUUGGACGAUGACGACGGCCUCGCGCGCCCGGGCGGCGGCGCUGCUGCGGCGGGCGGCCGCGGGGACCUGCCCCAUGGGCCCGGGCGCAGGAGCAGCGGCAGUGGCAGUGGAGGCCACUGGGAGACCCGAGGCGCCUGGACCCCGCUUGUCUGCUUGCUGCUGCUGCUGCUCGGGUCACACUUGUAGCCCCUGCGCCCCCCCCGCUGCAGGCCGGUGCACGCGAUCCGGCUGGUUCUCGAGCCGGGCACCUGUGGCUCGGGGACCGGGGGUGAUCUGGAACACUGACCCACACUCUCCCUGGUUGGACAGGCCCAGCACAUACUGCAUCCGCCAUGCGCGACCCUCUACUGUGGUUUCCAGGCUGCAGAGAUUACCGAUCUGUCCUACCGGCUCGAAUCUGCGGAAAUCAAGACACCCUGCAAAAAGUAAC